CUCGCUUGAGACACAACGGUCGCGUGUGCGGAAAACAAAGUGUUUACUGUAAAUUCGUGUAACAUAGAAGAAACUACACCGUUCGAUUUGCCUUGAACUUCGGUUUGUUUUCAUUUUUUGGCGCUUGGAACAAGUUCAGUCUAUUUUCACGUAUUUAUUUGUGUGCUUGUGUUUUUAAAUGUGAAAAGGUAAAAAAUACUAAGUGCUGUGAAGAAAAGAUAAAUACAUACAUACACAAAAACAAAAAUGCAUUUACUUGGAUGGUGAAAUCUUUCGCAAAGAGAGUUCGAAAGAUAACCGCUUCUGAUAUUUCACUCCCUAUCAAUGUGUUUUACGAAGAAGCGUAAUGAAUUGUAUUUUCAGCUGAAAGUACAAAGUUGUAAGGAAUUCCGUAGGAGAAAGUGAAGCGCCUCCCAACAUCCGUAGUGGAUACAAAUUGACUUAAUAUAAUCUCACACGAACCAGAAGAAGAAAAUCAGCGAAAAAAAAGCAGACGAUAAAUACAAGUUAUAGCCAGCAAAUUUAGUCCUCCAGCCGCAUUUUUCCGUGAUGAGGUAGAUAACAUGCAGUUGAGGACAAUAAAGUGAAACAGCACUGUGGAAAACUAGCAAACACACCGUGGCAGUAGUGACAUAAUUCACAACCGAACGAUAGUAUUCGAAGUGGCAAGCUUAGUAAUGUCAUCAGAAGAGCAGAGGCCGAAUAAGUUAGCAAACAUGGCUGAAACCGUUAUGAGAACGCACAUAAAACACAAAACAAUAACAACAGUGAUACUUACAAACGAGUAUCAACGACAACGUAACAGUACCAAAAAUACAAGCAGAAAACACGCUCAACAGCGACGACGACUCUCCUGUGUCACUUGUCCCACCAACAAAAAUAUUGCCUUCAACAUCAGCGCACAAGUCAGGAUGCCAGGGACUCUUCUACUUCUCACAAUAGCAGCAUUACUGAUGUGUCACAGCGGCGCAAUUACCAACGCGACAGCAGUGCAAACAUCACACCCUCUCAGCAGGGGAAUAAUCAACACUCACUUUGAUACCAGAGCCAGACACAAAGCGAUGCGAGCGGCGCAAUAUAGCCAACCGUUGCCCGGUGAGGCUGAAGUGAACAAUGAAGAUAACAAUAGUUUCCGGCCGAUUAUCCCCAAGGACAUUAGUCCGGAAUAUAUUGCGCAAAAUGUGUUUACGAAAGGAGGUCAGUAUCGCGUGUUCGAGCCGAUACCAAGCGACUUGCGCGUCCAAAUGACAAUGGGGCAGAAGGUAAACAGUGUCGACAGCGCUGAAGCGAAUGUCAAUACACUAAAAACACAGAACAAUACCAGUAUGGUGAGGGAUGUCAGUGAGGCUACAGACGAAACAAUAAAAACUACGGCUGAAAGAACGACAGUGCCAAAGUUGAAGGAACAAACAAAUGGCAUACCAGAAGCUGUGGCAGAAACAGGUGAAAAGGUGGGCACGCCAACUAAAAUCCCAACAACGGCAACAGUUAUGCUACACAAACGCAAGGCGUUGUCGAAGUCCUAUGCAGCUGACCAGAUAACUCCAGAAGAAAGAAAGAUACAAAGUGGCCACAAAGUGAAUACUAAGCCACAGUCCACAGCAACAGCAACAGACUUUGCGGAUAUUUCUCACAAUGUAGUCGGUGGCGACAUAAAGGAGCUGGAGGCCUUGUUAGUCGAAUAUGCUGAGAAUUUCUUUAACAAAGCUCAAUAUGAGCCUUCUAGUGAAUUGGUGAAUGCACUACAAAGAAAUCACACCACUGUCGGUGGACCGCACAAGGAACGUCCGACGCGACAUGCUGACCCAAACCCACACCAUCACCAUCACCACCAUCUGCACCACCAUGAGCAUUCACUGCCGGCCGUUAUGCGCAAGUCGAGUGGCGAAGUGAGUGUGAAUAUACCGCGUGCCUUGGAAUCGGGAAGGCUGCUCUUCUUUUCAGGUUUGAAAAAGGCGUUGUGGCCAGUCUAUAUUGGCUUACAGGUGCUGAAAUCGCUGCUUUUGGCUAUGUUCAUGCCAGUAUUGAUUGGCUCAUUUACCAAGUUCCUGGGCAAGGGCAUUGUCUCCGGUUCUGCACCGCUCUUCAUACGUCCAGCAGAAGCUCCUCAGGAUCUCGACUUCCGUGACAAUAGCAUCAAUUUCGAUGAUGACAAGUUUGCCGCAAUUGAGGAGGGCACAAAAGAGGAUGGAUACGCUUACAAUCAAGCGGAGGCCUCACAAACUCACUACACCUACAAUUCGGCGGGUGGCAUAAACCGCAUAGAACAGCAGAACAAAAUGCCCGACACCUACUUGAGUGCACUGCAGACCAUAGGUUCAGCAUCGUUUAAAAAUUCCGGUUCGCUCUCAGGCAGUUUCUCCGGUGGUGGGCUAGGCGGCGGUGGACUUGGCGCACCUUUGCGUACAAAGCCAAUUGCACCGGCAAACACAAACACUUUCCAGACUUUCCAAAAGGUGCCGGCCUCAUCGCUGCUACUCUCCAACUACGACCCCUUCUACAGUCCGCUGCUCUCACGUUUGGACUCGGUGUUUGCACAACUGAAAUUAAAUUCGGACAACGAGAACUGCAGGGAAAAACUGAUUUGUCUAAUGUAUGCGAAUCCAGCGAAAUACGCGCCCUAUAGUAACCUUGUGUCAGCGCAAUUAUCGCGUGAGUUGAAUGAGCUGCGCAAACCAACCUCUGAUAAUCCGGAUAUUUUGAGAUUCUUCAAGUAUAUGCGCGCCGCCAAGGACGGGCAGGAUGGCAUUGAUUGUGAAAAAUCGUUUGAUCGUUGCCAGGAAUUUAAAGAUUUCGAAAAUCCAGCGAUGGUCUCAACAUAUCACGAUAUCAACAAAUUGGUGUCAGCACGAAAGUUGACGUAGAUGGGCAUGCUACUACAACCUACUUAGUAAGG